UCAAAUCCCCUCUAUUCUCUCUUCUUGGAACUUGAGCAAUCUGAAUAGAGAAAUCUACCGAGUCCUUUCACUCCAUUUUCUCGUCUUCAUUUUCUCUCGUAAUUUGCAAACAUGGGCUUAACUGUUUGCUAAAGCUCCAGUAUCUGCUACAUAAUUGCACCAAUUCCACUUUCGUCCAAGCAAUUAACUCUCUGGGAAGUUGUUUUCUUCGUGAAAAUGGAACCUUGGUUGCUCAUCAUUUCCACUCUUUGCAUAUUUGCUUUCCUCAGAGCCUUGUUGAACCUUCUCUUUCCCUAUAAAAGGCUUGGACCCAAGCUCCCACCAGGGCCUCCGACCUUGCCCUUCAUAGGCAGCUCCAUAUGGCUACGCAAUUGGAAAUCAUUCUCCGAACUCGAACCAAUACUGCGAGGUCUCCACGCAAAGCUUGGGAAUAUUGUAACUCUCCGUAUCGGUUCCUACCCUGCAAUAUUUAUUUCUGAUCACUCCCUUGCUCACCAGGCCUUAGUCCAAAAUGGUGCUGUUUUUGCUGAUCGACCUUCUCCUGUUUCCACUGCCAAAAUUGAUAGCAGCAAUCAACAUACUAUCAAUUCGGCUAGUUAUGGACCCACUUGGCGUAUUCUUCGAAAUAAUCUCACCUCCGAAAUUCUCAAUCCUUCUCGGGUUAGAUCUUACUCUCAUGCUCGUAAGUGGACCUUGAAUGUUCUCAAGGAACAGCUGAUCAAGUCUAGAAGUAGUGGUGAACCUGUUACGGUAGUGGACCAUUUUAGAUAUGCCAUGUUUUGUUUGUUAGCCCUUAUGUGCUUUGGUGAUAAGCUUGAUGAAAAACAGAUCAAAAGAAUUGAGGAUGUUCAACUUGACAUGCUGUUGAAUUUUGGAGGUUUCAACAUACUCAAUGUCUGGCCUAGAUAUACCAAGGUUUUGUUUCAUAAGUUUUGGAAAAAGUUCUUGCGAAUUCGACAAAAUCAAGAAGAUAUCUUGAUCCCAUUGAUAAGGGCAAGAGAGAAGGCAAAGCAAGAGAACUUGAGCAAGGUAAAAGAUGAGUUUGUUUUAUCAUAUGUGGAUACUUUGUUGGAGCUACAACUCCCUGAGGACAAAAGGAAACUAAAUGAAGGGGAAAUGGUGAGUUUGUGCUCAGAAUUUCUUAAUGCUGGCACAGAUACUACAUCUACAGUUUUGCAAUGGAUUAUGGCAAAUUUGGUGAAAUAUCCUCACAUUCAGGAGAAGCUAUUCAUGGAGAUUAAAGGGGUUGUUGGAGAAGGAGAGGAAGAGGUCAAAGAGGAUGAUUUGCAAAAGAUGCCUUAUUUGAAAGCAGUAGUUUUGGAAAGUCUAAGGCGUCACCCACCUGCACAUUUUCUGUUGCCACAUAAAGUUACAAGAGAUGUUGUUUUUAAUGAUUUUUUAUUUCCCAGGAGAGGUAUGAUAAAUUUCAUGGUAGCAGAGAUGGGAUUAGACCCUGAGGUUUGGGAAGAUCCCAUGGCUUUUAAACCUGAAAGGUUUCUCAAUAGUGACGGUAGCGAGGAAUUGUUUGACAUAACAGGCAGCAAGGAAAUCAAGAUGAUGCCAUUUGGGGCAGGAAGGAGGAUUUGUCCUGGCAUUGGUUUGGCAAUGCUUCAUUUGGAGUUCUUUGUGGCAAAUUUAGUUUGGUCUUGUGAUUGGAAAGCUGUGGAUGGAGAUGAUGUUGAUUUGUCAGAGAAACAAGAAUUUACAAUGGUGAUGAAGACUCCAUUGCAGGCUCACUUAUAUUCCAGGCCUCGAUAAAGCUAUGGUUGAUGAUGUAGUACUUUCUUCUUCUUUCUUCUUUUCUUUUCCUGUCCUUCACUUUUUGUGCUAGAUGAGUACCAGAACACUAUUUAAUCUAAAUCUUUCAGAUUUGUAUAAAUGGUUUCUUUAUUAUUCUACACUAAUUUAUAGUAAAGAAUUCAACAAAAAGAAACACCAUUCACUAACCAAAUCCUCCUCCCUAUUCACAAAAAUCAUCCAAUGAAACCCUGACAUCUAGUACUGUUACCAGAAGUGAUCAAACCUAUUUUAGUCACUCUUGAAAUUUCUUUACAUGACAGUAGCAGGCAGCUGCUAGUUUUGUUUUCUCGAUUCAGGCUUUUUUUAUCAGAGGGUUUUAGGGAUGGGAAAACUAAAUUUUUAUGCAUUUUUAAGUUUUUU